GAGACAGGAAGUGAUGUACCUCCUAGACAGGAAGUUCUAGGCCAGAGGUCAAGGAACAGGAAGUGGAUGGAAACCAUUGCUCUAACUGGCAGCAGGAGAAUGUCUGCUGUACACGAUACAACCACAUACGUAUCGAUGGAGAAGGACGAGAAGAGUCAGAUGACAGAGAGGAUAUUAAACCUGACUCUGGAGAUCAUCUACCUGCUGACCGGAGAGAAAUAUGCUGCAGUGAAGAUAACGUGUAUUGAAGGUCUUUUACAAGGAAUAUAUCCAGCGAUGUCGGAACGAUGGUGUCGAAGCCAGAAAUCCAUUGCAGUGCCUCCACCUCACUCCCCAACUCUUGAGAGAAAAAACAUUCAGAAGGUUCAAGAAAUCAGCAACAAACUUAUGGAGCUUCUAACAGGAGAGGUUCCUACAAGGUGUCAGGAUGUCACAGAGAGUAUCUCCAUCUCCAAGGACAACAAAUAUUUAGAAGGACACAAGGAUCUCUACAAGGACGUCAUGAUAGAGGACCGGCCGCCCCUCACAUCACCGGGUAAGAGGAGAUUUUAAUUUUGUGUUGAAGAUCCACCUAGAUACACACAUCCCCUGAGAUAAGAACAUAGUAUGUCAGGUUCCUAUAAGGUGUCAGGAUGUCACUGUCUAUUUCUCCAUGGAGGAGUGGGAGUAUUUAGA